AUGUCACAGGUUUCAUACCCGGGUAUCGGACUAUUUACUCACAAUGAUUAUUGGCAUAAACUUUAUCGGCCAAUAGUUAUGCUACCGUUUAGUCCCAAACGUAUAAACACAUUGUUUAAUCUGUACAGUCGUAAAAAUCCUGAUAAUGGUCUACUAGUUAAACAGGGAUCAGUACCAAGCAUUUUAUCAAACUGUACAUCAGAUACUAAUGGUGUCGGCGACAAACCGGUUAAAUUUAUUGUACACGGAUUACUUGAAAAUAAAUAUUUAAGCAAAUGGAUGAUUCAAUUGAAAGAUGCAUUACUCAGUUAUGAGGACUGUUAUGUAUUUAUUGUUGACUGGAGUGAUGGCAAUUCACUUCCUUAUGAACAAGCACUAAGUAAUACCCGAGUAGUUGGUCCAGUGAUGGCGUUAUUUAUUAGUGAACUUAUGGAUAAAUAUGGACUUCAAACCAAAAACGUUCACAUUAUUGGCCACUCAUUAGGAGCACAUAUAGCUGGUUAUGCCGGUCAACGGUUGAACGGUACGAUUGGCCGCAUAACAGGUCUGGAUCCGGCCGGUCCUCAGUUUGAAGGUCUCAAUAAUAUUGACGUCAGAUUAGAUCCAACAGAUGCCCAAUUUGUUGACAUCAUACACUCUAAUGCCGAAAAAUGUAGACCACUUAUACCGUUG